AUGCCGCCCCGAAAGGGCAGUCCGAAGGUGAAGACGGGUUGCCGGACAUGCAAAGCCCGCAAGGUAAAAUGUGACGAGGCCAAGCCGAAAUGCAUGCGAUGCACAUCGUCAGGGCGAGAAUGCGCGGGCUACGAGCCGAACUUCGAACACGGCCUCGCUUGGUACCGUCCGCAACAGCUCACCGCUCACGAUCAGCGUGAAGGCCGCGCUUUUCAGUUCUUCUCGCACAUGGUCGGCCCUGUACUCUCCGGUCCGACGGACUCGUAUUUCUGGACUCAUCUGGUGGUGCAGUUCAGCCAUUUCGAGCCGGCAGUCCGGCAUGCCGUACUGGCUAUCAGCUCGCUGUACGAAGACUUCCACGGGGGUGCCCGUGUGACGCGGCAGAAGCGUGGGAACGCCUUUGCACUGAGCCAUUAUAGUGCCGCCAUCGAGAAAAUAAAGGGCGCACAGGACGAGCAAUUGGUAUUACUGGUGUGUGUCUUGUUUGUAUGUGUGGAAUAUCUCCAAGGCGAUGUCGAGGCGGCGUUGAGGCACUGCAAGCACGGCAUCCUCAUCCUCAACAAGAUUGGCUGUUCCUCAUGGGCACGCGAGUACCUGAUGCCGAUCUUCAGACGGUUGAGCUUCAUUUCGUUUUUCCUCGGCAAGAAACCGUCAGACGACGUGCUGGUGCCCGGUCUAAUUGGUUACGAGGCGUCGAUGCCCCCCCGAUUUACCAGUGUCGAAGAAGCACAGAACGCGAUAGAUGACCUUACCGUGCAUGCAAUCGAGCUUGUAGCAAAAAGCGACCUAUCCGGAAGGGAACCCCUUGAGACCAGAUUGCAAGAGUUCCAUGCUAAAGUGUCCGAAUUGGACGCCACGAUACCGCCGCAGGAAUCAGUGAAGAAAAUCGCCAUCUGCGGCAUGAAAAUCAAGACAGAAAUGGCUAGGAUACAAGUCAACACAAUAGAUGGCGAGGGGGAGUCUAGGUUUGACGAAUGGUCAGAGAACUUUCGUACAAUUGUGGCUUUGGCACGUCGUGCAGCAGAACUGAAGGCUACAUUCCCAGACGAUCGACCGAGGGCGAGCUUCACGUUCGAGCAAGGGUUCUUAUCGAUGAUGGGAUUCGUUUCGGUGAAAUGCAGAGACCUGCAGACUCGGCUUGAGGCAUUGGAGCUGAUGACCAAGAUCCCAGCGCCAAAAGAAGGCCUUUUAGACGUCGGCACCCUGUACAGAGUUGGACGCCGCGGAGCCGAAAUCGAACACGGAGUGUCAUUAGAUGACGGCACAUUGGAGAAGAACCCGGCCGCAAUGGCGCAAGUUUCCUUCCCGCCAGAAAGCAAGAGACUUCUUGGGGCGCCGAUAGAGCACGAGCUUGAUGUGAUCAAGAAUGAGAAUGGCACGACGACGUACCGACGAACGGAAACCUUCUACCAAGGCAUAUUUGACAUGGUUUCCUUGAUUUGGGCCAUGGCGGGAGCCGUUGCCCCAGCCAUCGUCCGCGCUGCAACCCUUUCGGACGUGUGCACAACUACUCACGCCCAGGAAGCCCUCCCAGCCGCGGGAACAAUUCCUGGUAUAACCAUCGACGCCUCCUCCGUCCAAACUGCCAUUAUUUCAAACACCUCUGUUACUUCAGAAUGGUACCCGACUAGCACAAUCGACUACUGCAACGUCACAUUUGCCUACUCUCAUGAUGGCCUGCCAAAUGAUAUCGUCCAUGUCACCUACUGGGUUCCCGCCCCGGACGCCUUCCAAAAUCGAUAUGUCUCGACUGGCGGUGGAGGCCUUGCCAUCAACUCUCAGAGCCAAUACAUCCCGACAGGCAUCAUCGUAGGAGCCGUCUCCGGAAUCACCGAUGGCGGUUUUGGGUCGUUCAAUACCCAGUGGGAUGCUGUCUUCCUUGCGGCUAACGGUACCACCAACUGGCAAUCUGUCUAUAUGUUUGGUUAUCAAGCCCAUAAUGAGCUCGCUAUUCUGGGAAAGCAGUUUACCCGCAACUUCUACGGCGUGGCAGCUGACCAGAAGAUUUACUCAUACUACCAAGGUUGCUCCGAAGGCGGUCGUGAGGGUUGGAGUCAGGUGCAGCGUUUCGGUGACCAAUUCGACGGCGCCGUUACGGGUGCCCCUGCUUUCAGAUACGGUCAACAGCAGGUGAAUCACUUGACGCCGAACGUGAUGGAGACCACGCGCGGCUACUUCCCGCCGUCCUGCGAACUUGAUAAGAUACUUAACCUGACCAUCGCGGCAUGCGACCCUCUCGAUGGCAAGACUGAUGGUGUCGUCUCGCGUUCUGAUCUCUGCAAGCUCACAUUCGACUUCAACUCCACUGUUGGCGAGGCCUAUUCCUGUGAAGCAAGCUCUGGUAGUAGCGGCCCAGGCGGGUUUGGUGGCCUCGCGCGUCGUCAGUUCCCCGGCAGCAGCCCGACUCCUGCGCAGAACGGUACUGUUACCGCUGAAGGAGCUGCUUUAGUAGCAGCAUACUACGACGGCUUGCAUGAUUCCGAGGGCAAGCGUGUUUAUCUCAACUACCAGCCCGGUUCCGCCUUCACCGACGCCUCAACAAAAUUCGAUGAGAGCACCGGUACCUGGGGCGUGAGCAUCUCCGGCCUCGGAGGUGAGUGGGUUGCGCGCUACCUCCAGCUUCGCGACACCAGCACGCUCGAAUCCUUGAACAGCGUCACGUACGACACCCUGAGAGAUUGGAUGUUGUACGGCAUGAACCAUUACGCCGACUCGCUGCAGACGACCAAUCCCGACCUCAGCGCCUUCCAAGCCGCAGGCGGAAAAGUGCUCCACGUGCACGGCGAACAGGACGAUUCUAUCCCCGCGGCUUCGUCGGUACACUAUUACGAGUCCGUUCGAAGCGUCAUGUUCCCCGGCCAGGGCUUCAAUGAGAGCUCCGCUGCGCUGGACGAGUUUUACAGGCUGUAUCUCGUUCCCGGCGGUGCUCACUGUGGUGUCAACUCACACCAGCCUAACGGCGGAUGGCCCCAGACGACGCUUCAGACGGUGAUUGAUUGGGUUGAGAACGGAGCUGCCCCGGAUACUUUGAACAGCACAGGCGACAUCAGCACGCUCUGUCGAUGGCCUCUUCGACCUCUAUGGACUGACAAUGGAGCCAAAUUUGACUGUGUCUAUGACCAAGCUUCCAUUGAUACCUGGAAGUACACUUUCGAUGCUUUCAAGGUCCCUGUUUACUAG